AUUACAUCAGUUUCCCCUGGAAGUCGAACUAUGAAGCACUUUAUAAUCUGUAAACUAAGCAGGUGGAGAGACUUGUGUUGUUCUUGAAGAGUGAGGUUGGCCAAGUUGGGCAGAGCUCAGUCUAAUGGCUCCAUUUUCCACUAGAAGGCACUGCGUAGCUUACUGGGAUGGAUUGUUGUGGCACUUGUAGGACUUGUACCUGUAUCAAGAUGCUCUAAAGGAUAACAACUAUUCUUAGGAAUGUCUAAUAUUACAAAAUGAUGAAAACUAAUUCUAGCAUCUUCCAUUUUGCCAUCAUCUUCAUGUUAAUACUUGAGACCAAAAUCCAACUGACUGAUGAAAGUGAAUUUUUGGUUGACAGAUCAGAAUCAAGUCUCUUUCAUGUUCCCAAAAACCUAUCCCUGAAAACAACAAUCUUAAAUAUAUCACAAAACUAUAUAUCUGAGCUUCGGACUUCUGACAUCGUAUCACUAUCAAAGCUAAGGAUUUUGAUAGUUUCUCAUAACAGAAUUCAAUAUCUUGAUAUUAGUGUUUUCAAAUUCAACCAGGAAUUGGAAUAUUUGGAUUUGUCCCACAAUAAAUUGUGGAAGAUUUCUUGCCAUCCUACUGUGAAUCUCAAGCAUUUAGACCUCUCAUUUAAUGCAUUUGUUGGCCUACCCAUAUGCAAAGAGUUUGGCAAUAUGUCUCAACUAGAAUUUCUGGGGUUGAGUGCCACACAAUUACAAAAAUCUAGUGUGCUACCAAUUGCUUCUUUGCAUAUAAGUAAGGUUUUACUGGUCUUAGGAGACACUUAUGGGGAAAAAGAAGACCCUGAGAGCCUUCAAAACUUUAAUAUAGAAAGUCUACACAUUAUUUUCCCCACAAGAAAAGAAUUCAGUUUUAUUUUGGAUGUAUCAGUCAGCACAGCAGUAAGUCUGGAACUUUCCAAUAUCAAAUGUGUGCUAGAUGAUAAUGGAUGUUCUUAUUUCCAAAAUGUUCUGUUAAGACUUCAGAACAACUCAAGGUUAUCAAAUCUUACUUUAAACAACAUUGAAACAACUUGGAAUUUUUUCAUUAUGAUCAUCCAGUUGGUUUGGCAUACAAGCAUAAAGUAUUUCUCAAUUUCAAAUGUAAAACUACAAGGUCACCUUGACUUCAGAGAUUUUGAUUAUUCAAACACUUCACUGAAGGCCUUCUCUAUACACCAAGUGGUCACUGAUGUGUUCAGUUUUCCACAAAGUUAUAUCUAUGAAAUCUUUUCAAAUAUGAACGUCCAAAAUUUCACAGUGUCUGGUACACAUAUGGUCCACAUGGUUUGUCCAUCCCAAAUUAGCACAUUUUUAUAUUUGGAUUUUUCUAAUAAUCUCUUAACAGACAUGGUUUUCAAAAACUGUGGAAACUUGGCUAAAUUAGAGACACUUAGUUUACAAAUGAAUCAAUUAAAAGAACUUGCAAGUAUAGUUUAUAUGACCAAAGAGAUGAAGUCUCUACAACAAUUGGAUGUUAGUCAGAAUUCUCUAAGGUAUGAUAAAAAUGAAGGAGAUUGCUCUUGGACUACAAGUUUAUUAAGUUUAAAUAUGUCUUCAAAUAUACUUACUGACUCUGUUUUCAGAUGUUUACCUCCUAAGGUCAAGGUACUUGAUCUUCACAAUAACCAAAUAAGAAGCAUUCCUAAACCAAUCAUGAAACUAGAAGCUUUGCAAGAACUCAAUGUUGCCUCCAAUUCCUUAGCCCACCUUCCUGACUGUGGAGCUUUUAGCAGCCUUUCUGUACUGAUCAUUGACCAUAAUUCAAUUUCCAACCCAUCAGCUGAUUUCUUCCACAGCUGCCAGAAGAUUAGGUCCAUAAGAGCAGGGAACAAUCCAUUCCAAUGCACCUGUGAGCUAAGAGAAUUUAUCCAGAAUAUAGGCCAAGUAGCAAGUGAAGUGGUAGAGGGUUGGCCUGAUUCUUAUAAGUGUGACUAUCCAGAAAGCUAUAAAGGAACCCCACUAAAGGACUUUCAUGUGUCUCAGUUAUCCUGCAACACAGCUCUGCUGCUUGUCACCAUUGGGGUCACUGUGCUGGUGUUGACUGUUACUGUGACUGCCCUCUGUAUGUACUUUGAUCUGCCCUGGUAUCUCAGGAUGGUGUGUCAGUGGACCCAGACCCGGCACAGGGCAAGGAACCUACCCUUAGAAGAACUCCAAAGAACCCUUCAGUUCCACGCUUUUAUUUCAUAUAGUGGGCAUGAUUCUGUGUGGGUGAAGAGUGAAUUAUUACCAAAUCUAGAAAAAGAAGACCUAAGGAUUUGUCUCCAUGAGAGAAACUUUGUUCCUGGCAAGAGCAUUGUGGAAAAUAUCAUCAACUGCAUUGAGAAAAGUUACAAGUCCAUUUUUGUUUUGUCUCCCAACUUUGUUCAGAGUGAGUGGUGUCAUUAUGAACUCUACUUUGCCCACCACAAUCUAUUUCAUGAAGCUUUUGAUAACUUAAUUUUGAUCUUGCUGGAGCCUAUUCCACAGUAUUCCAUUCCCAGCAGCUAUCACAAGCUCAAAAAUCUCAUGGCACGAAGGACUUAUUUGGAAUGGCCCAAGGAGAAGAGCAAACAUGGACUUUUUUGGGCUAACCUAAGAGCAGCUAUUAAUAUUAAAUUGAUGGAGCAAGCAAAAUAAAUAGAUCACACAUAGAUCAAAAAAUAUAUGUGUGCUGCUUUUGGAAAAAUGUUGCUGCUUUUGGAAGUUCCAACAAUGACUUUAUUUUCAUCAACACAAAUCUAAAUGCAAUUUUGAAUGUGUGAUGCAGAUAAACACAUGUACUUUCAGGCUCCAGUUCACCAUUUACAUAUGGCAAUGAAAAUUAAUGAAAUAAUUUUAAACAGUUAAUGUCUAACACAUGAAGAACUCAUUUUUUCUUUUCUUCUCCCUCCCUCCCUUCCUCCCUUCCUUCCUUCCUUCCUUCCUUCCUUCCUUCCUUCCUUCUUUCCUCCCUUCCUUCCUUCCUUCCUUCCUUCCUUCCUUCCUUCCUUCCUCUAGCCCUGAAUUCAUUGAAUUUGUCAUGUAAUCAAGAGAAGUAGCUGUUUAAACAACUUUAGUUUCUAUAGCAGAUAUCUAUAGCUAUUGAUGCCCUUCUCAUUUCUACUCAGGUUUGCCCCUGCGUGUUGAAAGCUACUUAUUGCUAAUGCUGUAGGCUCUUUGCCUGAAGGAUUUUCUCCUGGCCAUGAUAAUCCACUUUGCUCACACAAAGGGCAAUUUAGAAAUGCUGGAUAUUUUUCUUGGAGGGAGCUCUCAACCAAUGUCAGGAGAACUGGCAGAUAAAUACCCCAAAUUUCUCACCCAUUUUGGGGAUAAAUCUGGGGUGUGUUUUAUACUAUCCCUGAGUUCCCCAGUAGAAUGGAAUUCUAAUUCUCCAUGGUAGAAACAGCUUAAUAAAUGUAUUUUUUAUUGGCUUCCUUUCUACGCUUAUCUCAUAUCCUCAUUUCUUCAAGGGUGUUUCCUGAGAUCACCUCUGAAAUAAACUACUUGUAGUUGAAUAAUUGUCUCAGGGUCUGCAUUUGGAGGAACCCAAACUAAGAGUGAGUUACAUCUCAGGUCAAAUGGAAAUUCUGAGUCUGUUUUUUUUUUGUGGCUGGAUAUCUUGCUGAGAUUCUAGCUGCCUAACCUAGCAUGCACGGGUGACUUUACUCCUUUGAUCAGAAGGGGGAAUACAGUCCACAUGUACUGUUUCUAUACAUAGUAUUCUUGUCUUUAGGAACUAUUAAACUAGGGCAUGCACAGAUUAGAACAUUGCAAGGAAUGGGCCAUGUUAGAUAUGUUUUCUAGCACAAUUUUAUCAUAUUUUUUUAAUAUUCAUGAAUAAUUCUCCCUGUCUAUCCUUUUAGUCUAACUGCUAGCUCUGGGCAGGUGUAGUCAGAGAGCAUCUUGUCAUAGCUGCACCAUGUAUCUCUCAGUUUUUGCCCUGUGGCUUCAUUAAUAGCACUGCACAUGAUAUUUGUAGAAGCCUAUUAAACAAUUCUGAUAGAUGCGUAAACCUGGAAGUGCCAGAGAUAUACCUUGAGGAGAUUUUUUGACCACUUAAGGGAUGGGACCUAUUAGAUAAAUAUUGCUGUCUUUUAUUCUUGGGUAAACAUAAUUAUAUUCUACACCAUUCCUCAAUGAGUUCCUGGUGGGACUGAGGCUUACUCACUCUGAGAUUUGCUUUUCUUUCUUCCUUGUUUCAUUCUUCUCAGUCUCCUCACUCUUGAGCCCUGAGACUACUUCUCCAAACAAAUGACCUGCACCCAAAGCUCUUAUCUCAGUCUCCACUUUUGGAAGAAUAAACCAAAAUAACACUUA